AUGUCUGCUGUAUCGCCUACCACCCAAGACCAGGGCAAGCUCCAGCAAAUGAGAACCGACCUGACGGUGUUGGGCCCCAUGAACAAAAUCUUGGUCGCCAACCGUGGUGAAAUCCCCGUCCGUAUCUUCAGAACAGCCCACGAGUUGUCCAUGCAAACAGUGGCCAUCUACGCCCACGAGGAUAGAUUAUCCAUGCACAGAUUGAAGGCCGAUGAGUCCUACGUCAUCGGCAAGAAGGGCCAAUACUCUCCCGUCCAGGCCUACUUGCAGAUCGACGAGAUCAUCAAGAUCGCCAAAAAGCACAACGUCAACAUGAUCCAUCCCGGUUACGGUUUCCUUUCGGAGAACUCCACCUUCGCCCGUAAGGUCGAGGAGGCCGGCAUUGCUUGGAUUGGUCCUACCUACCAGACCAUCGAUGCCGUCGGAGAUAAGGUUUCCGCCAGAAACUUGGCUUUGGCCAACGACGUGCCUGUUGUGCCAGGAACCCCGGGCCCAAUCGACUCGACUGAGGAGGCCGAGGCGUUCGUGGCCAAGUACGGUUUCCCCGUCAUCAUCAAGGCCGCUUUCGGUGGUGGAGGCCGUGGUAUGAGAGUCGUCAGAGAGGGCGACUCUAUCGCCGACGCCUUCAACAGAGCCAAGUCCGAGGCAUUGACUGCUUUCGGCAACGGUACCUGUUUCAUAGAGAGAUUCUUGGACAAGCCUAAGCACAUCGAGGUCCAGUUGCUCGCUGACAACUACGGUAACGUCAUCCACUUGUUUGAGAGAGACUGUUCCGUGCAGAGAAGACACCAGAAGGUCGUUGAGAUUGCGCCUGCCAAGAACUUGCCCAAGUCCGUCCGUGACGCCAUUUUGACUGACGCAGUCAAGUUGGCCAAGUCUGCCAACUACAGAAACGCCGGUACUGCCGAGUUCCUUGUGGAUGAGCAAGACAGACACUACUUCAUUGAGAUCAACCCAAGAAUCCAGGUCGAGCACACCAUCACCGAGGAGAUCACCGGUGUCGACAUUGUCGCUGCCCAGAUCCAAAUUGCCGCUGGCGCUUCUUUGCAACAAUUGGGUCUUCUCCAAGACAAAAUCACCACACGUGGUUUCGCUAUUCAAUGUAGAAUCACCACUGAAGACCCAGCAAAGGGUUUCCAGCCAGACACCGGUAAGAUCGAGGUCUACCGUUCCUCUGGUGGUAACGGUGUGAGAUUGGAUGGUGGUAACGGAUUCGUCGGUUCCGUCAUUUCUCCCCACUACGACUCUAUGUUGGUGAAAUGCUCUUGUUCUGGUUCUACUUAUGAAAUUGCCAGAAGAAAGAUGUUGAGAGCCUUGAUCGAGUUCAGAAUCAGAGGUGUGAAGACCAACAUUCCUUUCCUCUUGGCUUUGCUCACAAACGAGACCUUCAUCAGCGGCAACUGUUGGACCACCUUCAUUGACGACACUCCUUCUCUUUUCCAGAUGGUUUCGUCCCAGAACAGAGCCACCAAGUUGUUGAACUACUUGGGAGACGUCGCCGUCAAUGGCUCUUCCAUCAAGGGUCAAGUUGGUUUGCCAAAGCUUACCACCGAUGCAUCCAUCCCAACCUUGCACGAUCCUAUCACUGGUGUUCCAAUUGAUUUGGACACUCCAGUUCAACCCCGUGGUUGGAGACAGGUCCUUUUGGAGGUUGGCCCAGAGCAAUUUGCCAAGAAGGUCAGAGAGUUCAACGGUACUUUGAUCACCGACACCACCUGGAGAGACGCCCAUCAAUCGUUGUUGGCUACUCGUCUUAGAACUGUUGACUUGUUGAACAUUGCCCCAACCACUUCCCACGCUUUGAACGGUGCUUUCUCCUUGGAGUGCUGGGGUGGUGCUACUUUCGACGUCAGCAUGAGAUUCUUGCACGAGGACCCAUGGGCCCGUUUGAGAAAGUUGCGUGAGUUGGUUCCUAACAUUCCAUUCCAGAUGUUGUUGAGAGGCGCCAACGGUGUUGCUUACUCCUCUUUGCCUGACAACGCCAUUGACCAAUUCGUCUUGCAAGCCAAGGAGAACGGUGUGGAUAUCUUCAGAGUUUUCGAUGCUUUGAACGACUUGGACCAAUUGAGAGUCGGUGUUGAGGCUGUCAAGAAGGCUGGCGGUGUCGUCGAGGCCACUGUUUGUUACUCCGGUGACAUGUUGAAGCCUGGUAAGAAGUACAACUUGGAGUACUACUUGGAUGUCGUCGACAAGAUUGUCGACAUGGGUACCCACUUCUUGGGUAUCAAAGACAUGGCCGGUACCAUGAAGCCAAGAGCCGCUUCUCUUUUGGUUGGAAGCAUCAGAGCCAAGUACCCUAACUUGCCAAUCCACGUCCACACCCACGACUCUGCCGGAACUGGUGUGGCCAGUAUGGAUGCCGCUGCCAAGGCUGGUGCUGAUGUUGUUGAUGCUGCUUCUAACGCCAUGUCUGGUAUGACCUCGCAACCAUCUAUCAGUGCUUUGAUUGCUUCUUUCGAGGGCGACGUCAACCAUGGUUUGAGCGAGAGCUUGGUCAGAGAGUUGGACGGCUACUGGGCCCAAAUGCGUUUGUUGUACUCUUGUUUCGAGGCCGACUUGAAGGGACCAGACCCAGAAGUGUACCAACACGAGAUCCCAGGUGGUCAAUUGACCAACUUGAUCUUCCAGGCCCAACAGCUUGGUUUGGGCGAGAAGUGGUUGCUCACCAAGGAGAACUAUAAGGUUGCCAACCAGCUUUUGGGUGACUUGGUUAAGGUUACCCCUACCUCCAAGGUUGUGGGUGACUUGGCUCAAUUCAUGGUGUCCAACAACUUGACCGAGGAGGAUGUCAUCAAGUUGGCUCCUGAGUUGGACUUCCCAGACUCUGUUUUGGACUUCAUGGAGGGUUUGAUGGGUACUCCAUACGGAGGAUUCCCAGAGCCCUUGAGAACCAACAUGUUGGGCAACAAGAGACCAAAGUUGGACAAGAGACCAGGUUUGUUCUUGAAGCCUAUUGACUUCGCCACUGUGCGCGAAGAAUUGGUUUCUCGUUACGGCAGUGGUGUCACUGAGUGCGACAUUGCCUCUUACAUCAUGUAUCCUAAGGUCUACGAGGCCUACAGAAAGACCGUCGACAAGUACGGUGACUUGUCCGUCUUGCCAACCCGCUACUUCUUGAAGGCAUUGGAGAUUGGCGAGGAGAUGGUUGUCGACAUUGAGCAAGGUAAGACCUUGAUCAUCAAGUUGUUGGCUAUCGGUGAGAUUUCCAAGAAAACCGGAACCAGAGAGGUCUUCUUCGAGUUGAACGGUGAGAUGAGAUCUGUCACUGUUGACGACAAGACCAUCUCCAUCGAGAACACUGCCAGACCAAAGGCUUCUCAACCCAACGAUGUUGGUGCUCCAAUGGCCGGUGUUGUUAUCGAGACCAGAGUCAAGAAGGGCUCUGAGGUCAAGAAGGGUGACCCUGUUGCCGUGUUGAGUGCCAUGAAGAUGGAGAUGAUCAUCAGUGCGCCAGUCAGCGGUAUUGUCGGUGAGGUUUUGGUGAAGGAGGGUGACUCUGUGGAUUCUGGAGACUUGAUUACCAGUGUCAACAAGUAG